UGAGGGAGGUCUUCAUGGUUUCCAAGCUUGACUUGUUCCACAUGGUCAAGCUUGAGGGGGAGUGUUGAGAUGAGGUGAUGAGGAGUGGAUACAUUGAUAGAGGAAGAGUAUUGGGGCAGACAGUAACUUUGGGAUUUACCACAGUAACUUUAUUUUUACUGUGGUAACUAAGUUAAAGGCUUGGAAAGUUACCUUGCAACACUUUGGAGAGUAUAUCACGCCAAGGAGCAGUCUGGAUAAGAAAGGAUCAGUUUGGAUAAGGUCUGGUCAUAGCUGGAAAGGAAAAGCUACUUUACAGCCUGUCCAAGCAUGUGUAGCCUCUCAACCAUCCAUCUAGCUUUGACCUCACAUGCUUUGAAUCCCAUUUCGAAAUCCCCUUUGUACCAGCCUUAUCUCUUCAUAUAUAACUUGUAUCUGAGACAUUAAAUCAAUUAAUGGAGUUUUGAGUAUUCUCUCUAUUCUCUCUCUACUUAGUCUCUUAAUCUCUUUAAUCUUACACAAAACAAUCUGAUUGUUCUUAAACACACUCUAAUACACAAAAGUGUAUAUGGUAUCAGAGCCAGGUUACUAAAAGGGUGGAAGUGUGUUAUUCAUGUUCUUAAAAAUCUGGUUUUGUGUUCUUGAGCUGUUCUUGAUGUUCUUGAGUGUUCUUGGAGGUUUUGAGCUCUGUUCUUCAUUUGCUGGGUUUUAUUGAGGACAUCUGAUGGAGUCAAACGUGAGCAGAGAGAUGAAGACAAGAUCAAGUUAUCAAGUGAAGAAAGGGAGAGAAAACAAGUGGAUCUGGUCAGAUUGGGUAGAGACAGCUUUGGAAAGCUGUGGGAUUUGGAGUAAUCAUGUAAAGGAAGAGCCUUUGAAGGUGAGAGCUGCUGAGAAAGAUCAGACAGCAAGUUUGAAGGAGAUUCAAGUAAAGGUAGAACCUUUAAAGGAGGUGGUAGCUGCUGAAGAAGGUCAGACAGCAAGGUUGGAGGUUCAUGAAGCCAAGGGCGUGAUCUAUAGUCUAAGACAAGAGAAGGAUGAGUUGUAUCAGCUUGUGGGGAGGCUGAGAGAAGUAGAAUCAGAGUUGGGUAUGGUAAAAACUCAUACAGGAAGGAGGAAGCAAGAUGUGAUCUUUAGCUUUCUUAUGGGAGAGAUAUGUGAGCUGGUUGAACACAUUUGUGAUGUGUGGGAGAUAAACAAGAAGCCAGGUAGAUGGAAGAAAGGUACAAGUUGCAAGAAGGGAAAGUUGAGAAAGCUUUCUAAGAUGUGGGUUAUGAUGAGCAGAUUAUGGAGGAAGGAUAUCAAGAAGAGUAUGCAAGUAGGAGAGUGUUUCUACUCAGCUUACAUGGGAGAAUCUGUAGAGAGCAGUGGGGUUAUGAGGAAGCUAGAGACCAAAGGAGCAAAUGAGCGUGUCACAAAGGAAGAAUGGGAUGAGUUUGUCAAGUAUGUGUAUGCUUUGGCUACGACCCGGAGACAAGGUGCUCCUGCCAAAGCAUCCACAUCCAACAAACCCAUCAUUGUUGAUUUUGGAGCAAGUCAUCACAUGAUUAGUGACAGAAGCUUAAUGAGUGAUGUAAAGAAAGCCACUGGGGGUGUGAUGAUAGCUAAUGGUGAUAGGAUUCCAAUAGAAGGAGUUGGAAAGCUCAAGCUAUUUGAUAAAGACUCAGAUGCCUUCUACAUGCCACAGUUUGCUUCAAAUCUACUAUCUGUGAGGAAAGCCACGAUUGAUCUUGGCUGUCAAGUAGUAUUCAGGCCAGAUGAUGUUGAGUUUCAAGAUUUGAAGACUGGAAGGGUCAUUGGGAGAGGAGACAGCAAGAAUAGUCUAUACCAGCUCCAAUUGGCUAAGAUUUCUAAACCCUUGGAUUCUAUGUGUUUGAGUAGUACUUAUGAAAAAAUUGAUAGUAUUACUUGGCUCAGAUGGUCGAGUCAUGAACUUCCGGAUCAGUCAGGUCCGUACGUUCCGUACGGCCUCGCCCUAAGUUUGCACACUCGACCAUUCUCCUCAACUAUGCUUCUAAGUCCCUCCUAG